UCACAAAAACCCUAAACGUUUCAGUUCCACUUCAUCUCUCUCUCUCCAAGAAUUUCAAAAAAUCCCCAAUGGCGAAGACGCUUCUCAACCCCUUGGAAGAUCCCCCAACCGCUUCUUUAAGCCACGACGACGAAGUCAAGACCUCAUCCGGCGAAGAAGACGAAGAACAAAUCUCCGCCGCUGCUCCAAGCUCCGAUUCAGAUUCCGGAUCUGAGACGGGUUCCGACUCGGAAUCCGAAUCAGGAGAGGAGAAGACCAUCGCCGCCGCGAAAUCAGGGAAGAAGCGAGUGAGUGAAGCGACGAAGGAAACGCAUGUGAAAAAAGCUAAGAAGGAAUCUCAGAAACUAUGGAGUGAAGAAGACGAGACGUCUCUGUUACAAGGUAUGAUUGAUUUCAAAGCUGAGAAAGCUGAUGUGAAAGCUAAUGAGAAAUUGAAGAAGUUGGAGUUUUUGAAAUCUUAUGGUUUCAAUGUAGGAGAAGAUGAGGAAGUGGUGAUUCUUGGAGGAGAUACCGAGAUGUUUGACAAGUCUUUCGUGGUUCGAAGCAUUGCGAGGCUCGGUGUUGAUGAGUCUUCUGUGAAGGAGAGAUGGAGGAAGGUUUCUGUGGAGACUAAGAAGAGGAUUGAAGAGAAGUUGAAGUUGGUGGAGGCUAAGGAGUUUGAUUUGUUGUUGCAGAAGAGUGUCAUUGUGAAUGAAGUGGCCUCUGCAAUUAGUGAAGUCAUCUAAGAAGAAGCAAUUAGAUGUAUAGGUUUGUCGGGUUUGAAUCGCGGGUUUAAUGGAUAAUGUAAUGCCUCUUUUUGUUAUCCUAUCUAUCUAUGGUUUUGGUUUUAGGAUUCUGAUCUGAAUUAAGAAGAAAGACAAGUUAGUUGUCUCAAUGGCCUUUUGGUCGGUCAAUGAGCAAAGACUAUGUAAGCUUUGCAUUUUAACUUUGGUUGUAAUGAGCGAAGAGACUAUGUAUGCUUUGCUUAUCUACUACUAUAUAAAAUAUAAAUGUCUCUACCA